UGUGAAGUUCUGAACCUACACCACAAAAUAUUUUGAGUGUGCUCUUCUUUCUAACACCAAGGACCAGGGUUUUGCCCUUUUGGACAUCGGUUAUUGUAUUAAAAGUCCAAAAGCCAAAUACAAGUAUAUAAAAAAUGAAAGAAAACUGUCACCCAGUAGUAGCCCUCCACUCACCUCACUUCGAGCUAGAAAAUUGUGAUUUCGGAAAUUACAGGAAUCAGCUUAAAACAUGGCACCGAGAAAAAAGACACCAAACAUGAUUUGGGUUGUUAAGAAAUCGCAACAACCAGAAAACAUAGCAAAACCUGCAACACAGGAAACGAACAAAUCGCUGCUAGACUGCUCUCCUCUCCUUGAAGAGCUACCGCAAAGUUCCAAUAGUGUUGCAGAAAAACCUGCAACUAAAGAGCAAACAUUGUCCAAGUUAGACUGGUCUCGUCUCCCUGAAGAGCUACUGCACAUUAUCUCUGAGAAUCUUGAGGACUGUUUCGAUGUUAUACAUGCUCGGUCUGUUUGCCAACCGUGGCGAUCCAUCUUCCCAUUUCCUUCUUGCCUAUUAGGCACAAGUUAUUCACUUCCCUCCUUCUCAAAGUUCCCUCGCAAAAGCAAAGGCUUCUGCACUCUCGAGAAGUUCCCUAUGUUCCUUUUUAGAGUUCUUGCUCCUGCUGUUGGGUUGCCUUCUGAGUUUUUUGUGGGAGGAAUAAACCGAGAUAAGUCAGUGAAGGCGCUUCCAUCUCCCUUUCAAUGUUCAGUGAAAGUGAACAUACCAGAUUCUGAGUCUACCCUGUUGAACGUUCUUGACUGUCAGAUUCUCCCUCUGGGGUUUCAGUACAGAAUGAUUGGUUGGGAUCCUCAAUCAUUGGCAACAAGUUUCCGAGGCGUGGCUUCUCUUCCGUUAGGAGAGGGUGAGUUCGUUGUGCUUAUUGGCUACUCUCAUAAUAUGUUGGUGUUAAGGAGUGCUGAUAUGAGGUGGAUGCGGCUUGAGAAAACCUCAAGAGCUGACUGCAAAGAUAUAGUCACUUUUAGAGGCAAGUUUUAUGCAGUCUUUAUUAAUGGAGAUGUUUUCGUGAUUGAUCCUUAUACGCUGGAAGCAACUCUACUAAUGCCCUCGGAGCGUCUGAACUCACAAAACUAUCUUGUACCAUCUGGCGACGAUGAACUUUUCUUGGUUGAGAUGAUUAUUGUUCGUGGUAGUGUAAUAGACUUUAGCAAGUUAGCAUGUCGAGUGAGUAGACUAGAUGAGGAGGCUGGUGAAUGGGUCGUGGUUAAUGAUUUGGGAGGCCGUGUGUUGUUAAUUGGGCAACCGGGAAAUAGCUCCUGCUCAGCUAAGGAGCUUCCUGAUGGUUGUGGUGUAAGUGAGAACUCAAUGUUGUUCACCAAUGAACCAUUCGGUUCAACUUACUCCUAUAAAUAUGGAGUAGAUACAGGAAACGCUGAAGACGAUCUCAAUUUUUGGAGAUUCUCAAGAGAGAAACGUGUGAAGAUCUUCAGAACAUCUCCGAUGGUGGCUCACCUUUGUGUUGAGCACAAAAAUCUGUAAAAUCUUAGUUUGGAUAACUGAGACACAUCUGAUGGCUUUUGUUAUGGUGAUAUUCUAGUUUCAAUGUUUUGUAGUUGUAAACUAUCUCCCACAACAUUGUUGUCUCUAUUAUUGAAAUGGUUGUCUUAUGAACUCU